AUGGCCCCGGCGCUUCUGCUGCAGUACCGGACGAGCAAGGAGAAGUGCACGUGGCGGCUGUUCGGCGCAGCGGGCAACGGCACGACCUUCACGGGUGCCGCGUGGCCCUAUGCCGUGGAGCAGUACUUCCAUGAGGCCCUGCUGCAGAGCCCCCACAGGACGCUUGACCCCGAGGAAGCAGGUGGGGCUGCGGGCCGACGCCUGCGGCGCCGGCUGCGGGCGGCGGACCUCUUUUACGUGCCGGUCUACGCGUCGUGCCUGAUGGAGGCGGUGCUGGGCUACGCGGACGCCCCCUGCCCCUCCAAGGUGCAGCAUGGCGCUGUGAUGUACCAGGAGGCGCUAGACUGGCUGAGGACGGCCUACCCCUUCUGGAACCGCACCCAGGGGCGGGACCACGUCUGGCUCUUCACCCACGACGAGGGCGCCUGCUGGGCCCCCACUGAGGUCUACCGCAACAGCAUCGUCCUCACGCACUACGGCGUCGCCCAACGCGCCGCCACCGACGGCGGCGCGGCGGCGGCGCAGCUGCCGCUGCCGCCGCCGUCAUCCACGACGCGGCGCGAGUUCAAUUACAGCGUCGACGUGCUGGGCGACGAGAGGCUGCCCGGCGGGUGGCGGCGGCUGAUCGAGGGGCACGGGUGCUAUGACGCGUCGAAGGACCUCGUCAUUCCCGCGUUCAGGCCCCCGGCACAGUACCAUGCGGCCAUGGCGCUAGGCGGCAUGCACCGCAAGCGCGACAUCCUGCUCCUGCUGCGGGGCGACAUGGGCGACAGCCGGCCAAAGGCCUUCAGCGGGGGCCUGCGGCAGGAGGUCCACUCGCUGGCGCGCGACAAGCAGUGGGCCAGCAAGUAUUCCAUCCGCGUCGGCAACACGAGAGAGAUCGAGGGCGACUACUCCCUGCUGCUGGCGCGCUCCACCUACUGCCUCGUCCUGCCGGAGGACGGCUGGGUGGCGCUGUUCGAGGACGCCGUGCUGCACGGCUGCAUCCCGGUGUACGUCAGCGGGGGCCCCAGGGACCUGCACGCCCCGUUUGCAAGCAUACUCAAGUG